AUGGCAUAUUCUGUGAGUUUGAUCUCUACAGGCCUCCCGACAAUUGGCUUGAGUCACCAAACCCAAGUUUCACUGAAUAAAUAUGGACUAUUUACUUUGAGAUCCUCGCCUGGGCUUCUUCGUGUCCGAGCUGUGCAAGAGAAUGGAGGGCCUCGAAGACUAGUUGACAUUAUCAGACUCGUGCCAGAGCUCUUGAGGAACUACUUUCGAAGUCCUUCUCGGAGGACUCUUUUUGGGGGAAUCUCGCUGCUGGGCGGAUUUUAUAUUGCACAGACAAUCUCUCUGUCAUUUGGAGCUUUAGGAGUGAAUGAUGUGAUUGCUGCAGUUGUAUGUGUUCUCCUGACAGAGUAUGUGACAAAAUUUUAUUACAGCCGGCCCAAGGUAACAUUCCCACUUGCUCUUCUUAACAAUUUCAAGAUGGGCUUCACUUAUGGUCUCUUCAUUGAUGCUUUCAAGCUUGCCAGCUGACAAUUCCUCAUAAAGCACUUGUAGUUGUCUCGACAGAUUUGGUUCUUGUAAAUUUCUCUAGUUUCAUGUUCAUAUUCGAAUAUGUAGUAAGAUAAGAUACAUUUUGCAUAUUCAAUCUAGUC